AUGGCGCCACGAUAUCCUUCACUCGAAGGCAUGGAGAUUGCCAUUCCUCCAUAUGAUCAUCGAGACAGCGGCUUCGGCAUGGCGGAAACCGAGCGGACUGCAACGGCAGAGGAGUACGAUACGCGUCACCGCUCCGUCAUCAAGGCGCGCAAGGUGAUGGGCUGCGAGGUGGACAUUCACGACGCACGGAGCGAGGCGCGAAUACCCAGCGAACCAUCGAGGGUACAGUUCCAGAAUGAAGACGCACGACCUCGCAUGGACGCUGGCGAGAGGCGAUUCAGUGACAAGAGGGCGGCGCGGGAGUAUCAUCGCUUUGCGACAAGUUUGGUGGACGAGAGGCUGCCAAAGCCCAACUCGACACCAUCACAUGUGCAGAAGGCCUCCUCCCCAGGGCGUGCUCUCGUGACGCACAGCGAUGGAGGCCCCAGGCCUAGGACGUCGUGGGGGCCCGAGCGACCGCUCAGUGCUUUUGAGAGCGACUCGGAGGACGAAGAGACCGCUAGGCUCAUGGCUUCUAUCCGAGGAUUUUUCUGUAACGGGGCCAAGUGUGUUGGUAUCGAUGAGGAGACUGGGGGACGCGGAGGGAGAAGUCUGUUUGGGAAGGCUAGGGAGUGGCAUUCUGAGCGUACCAAGGCACGGCGGCGGGAGGAGAUGAAGAGAACCAUCCGCACGAGCCAUGGAGAGUAG